CGUCCUCGUGAAGGCCAUGGUUUCAGACUCCACAAGCAGUGCUCUCUACUCGGAGGAAAUGAGGUGAGUCACGCUUACCCUGCUGGUUUUUACUUACAGGGUUUCUGAGAGAAGCUUGUGCAUUAUUCACAUGGACGGAUCCUUGACACAGACGGCCUGUAAUGAAGUGCACACAUGCUAGUGUCUGAGACUUACAGACGGGACUGUCUUCGGCUCUAACCUGUUUGGAGAGACAGAGAUACAAUCACAGCAGACACAAUGGUGAAAGGGAAGAAGAAAUCGAAUGAUCCGUCAGGUAGAAAAAUCACACUCAAGAUGGCGAAGAACGCUCUGAAGGUGACAGUAGACGGCAAACGUCGCCUCGACCUCAGCAACAUGGCGAUCGCCACAUUUCCAAAGUGCAUCCUGAAGCUCAGCGACGUAGACGAGCUGGACCUCAGCCGCAACCUCCUCAAGAAGAUCCCCGACACCAUCGACAAGUUUGUGAACCUCCGAUUGCUGGAUCUGCACAGCAACCACCUGGAGCAGAUUCCCGCGGCUAUAGGCCGUCUCCCGAACCUCUACAGCCUCAACUUAUGCAACAAUCACCUGACCACCUCCGGCUUGCCACAUGAGCUCGGGCUCUUGAGGAACCUGAGGAUCCUCAACCUGGGAAUGAACCGCAUCGAGACUCUCCCAACAUCUGUGGCUGCUCUCAAAGAGCUUCGGGAACUGGGGCUCUUCAACAACCUCCUGACACUGUUGCCCAAGUGCAUCCAAAACCUCCCAAAACUGCAGAAGAUCAACAUCAAAUCCAACCCCAUCCCUACAGACGAGCCUCCAGAGGUGGACUGCAUCCAGAGAGUCGAGUGUCUGUAUUUAGUGAGAGAGGACUGUCUGUGUACCGACUGCCUUAAGAGGUGUAAGAAGGACAGGGAGAAGUUAGACAGUCGAAUAAGUGCAGCUUCUACACUAAAGAAGUCCAACUUUGCGGGUCUCCUAACGCCAAACUCUGUCGCACAAGAGAACCAAGAGUUAUGGAGGUGAACAUGUAGACUAGUCCAAAUCACGAUAUGCAAUACAAUGAUGAUUGAGAGAUGUGCAAAAAACUUUC